AUAGACAUCGAUGCACCCACACAGACAGACAUGCAGGGAGACAAUGAUAUGGAGAAAAAACAAUGCACUGGUCGGUAAGGUAAGUGGCAGGUGGGGCGUCUUUUCGACUUCAACGUCACACACCCACACACCACACACGCCAGAAAGCCGAAAGAAAGCCACUUAUUCGCCCCCACUGACUAUCAUCCAUCCUUCGACUAUGGCACAUGUUGGUUGGCUGAUUGGUUCGCUCACAAAUAGCAGUACCCAAUGCAAUGCUCAAACACACACAUAUGCACACGUGGCUGCAGGACAGCCGGUACUAGCAAGGAGGGGGGCUGCUGGCCGCGCGCACACGUACGUGUGUGUGUGUGUGUGUGUGUGUGUCAAUCUAAUGUAGCAGCAGGUGUCGAAAAACGGUCAAACGAGUGGGCAAGGAGGGGAGGGCGGGGGAGCAUCGCAGGGCAGCCAGCUCUGACAGCCGCCCUCCAAGCAACCUUGCCUCAAUUGCCUCAAUCAACACACAAAACACGAAAACAUCACCGUGCACGUAGCUGGCCUGGCUCGUCCGUCGUUUUGGUUGACAAAACAACACAAGUCAAGCAGGUAGGUAGGCAGAAAGGCACACAACCACACGUACUAUCCCAUAUCCCAUCCCAUCUCACCUACAAAUACGAUGCACACCCCACCCCACUCAUCACCCCACCCCACCAAAGAAAGGACCAUACGGAAAAAUCAUCCACUAGGUCCGAUCCGAUCACAUGUAUGGAUCUCCUCCUCCUCCCUCCGUCUCUCCCUCCCAAUAUCUAUCCAAUGGCAAGCCGCACAGCCAAGCCACAUAUAUCAGCCGGCGGCCCCUCCCGUGCCGGUGCUGCUGGCGUCCGCCGCGGCCGUGGCAUCGUGUUCGGUGAGCGAGCCGUUCCGCUUCCUCCUGUACUGCAUAUACAUGACGAACGAGAAGGCGAUGGCGAUGCCGACGAAGGCCACGCCCGCGACGCUGCCCGCCAGCACCCAGCGGAUCCACGUGGGCUCCUCGUCCUCGGGGCUCUCCUUCUUGCCCUUCCCCUCGGCUGCACCGCAUCGACAGACAGAGACGGAGACAGAGUCAUACGCUACUUUGGACGUUUCCUGUGAGCGUGUGUGGGCGUGUUGCUGACCGAAUUCGCUCUCCUCAUCAUCCAAGGGGGGGCUGGUGGUGCCGUUGAGCGGUCCCGCGUUCAAGCCAAGAUCCAGCGGCGUAUAAGGCAGCCCGCCAGCACCUCCCCCACCGGCACCAGGGGCGACCGUCGGCUCCCCUUCGCCCGAGCCUCUGAUGUCGAAGUCAGACCCCUCUCCAAGCGACCCCUCCCCGCCCUCCUCCCUUCCACUAGGGAUCACCAACCCAUUCUCGCCGUUCACCACAUCUCCUCGGCCAUUCUCGCCACCCCCACCGCCCCCACCACCACUUGGCGGCCUUUGUGGCAGGGUCAAAGGGCGGCUGGGUGACGGGGGAGUCGGCACAGGCGGGAGGGUGGCGGGGCCUGCCUCAGGAGUGGGCUUGAGAAACCCGUUCUUCUCGUCUGUUUCUUGUGCCGGGGCGGUGGUGUCUUCUGUGGGAGGCUCGGUGGCCUCCUUGAUUGCUUCUGCCGGCGCCUCGGUGAGGAGGUCAAUGAUCUCCUCGGGCGUCAGGGGCUCAGAGGCGUUGGCCUCUAAGUCCUCCUCGCCACCACCAAUUUGUUCUCUGUCACCGGUCUCAUUGGCCUCGAUGACCUAAACCAACCCAACCACACACAAUACGCAGGAAGAGAGCAUUCAUCGACGGCCGCGGCGGGCGGGCCCUUUGUCCUUUCCAUUACCACUUCGGGAAGAUCUGGCAAAUCGCCCGGGAAAGCUGGGUCGAAGUCGGUGAGGCCGUCGCCUCCACCAGGGCCCAGCACAUUGGGGUCAAUCGGCGCCACGCCGCCAUCCUCCCACCCAGGCGGAUACGCCAUGUCCCCCCUGUCCGUCUCUUCUCUGUCUGUCUCACGACCUGGCUCAUACAGGUUCUCCUCAGGCACCUCCACCGCUUGUGACGGGUCGGCUGGUGCCUCGCAGACGAAGCAUGAGAGGCGAGAGCCCGGCCCCCAGCAGGUUCUGGCGCCCCAGCCGUCGGGUCUGAUGGUGGUGCAUUUCUCCUGAGGUGGGAGGAGGCGCCAGAUGCGCGAAAGCUCAUCGCCCCAGUUGACGUAGUCAUCCGUGUCCAAAUUGGCCGUGCUGUCGAUCCACCGCCUGCACAUCGGUAUGUAGCAAACACAGUGAGUGAGGUGAGGGUAUGCAUGAUGUUAGUAUGUUUGUCUGUGUGUGUGUGUGUGAAUAUGUUCGUGUGUGCACCGUACCAUCCGGCCUUUCUGAGAGGCAGCCUGUAUUUCCUGAGGCCGACCCAGCACUCCUGGUCCAUCUGCUGCGCCAGGUCCAGCACAAGGGCGUUCUCAGAGGGGCUCCGCACCGAUGCAAGGGCCGCUCCUGUGCCGCCCUCAGACAUGCAGUGCUCAUUCGCCUCUGUCCUGCAGACACACAGACAGACACACAAAAAGACAGACAGACAGACAGACAGACGUUCCACGCGUCCGUGUCACUCACAUGCAGUGGAAUGUUGGGUGACCGUGCGUACCAUGAUUUGCCCGACAAGAGACUGUCCGUAGCGAAGAAGUAUGACUUGUAGCACGAGCCGCCUCUCUCCGUCCAUGUGUCAUCUGGACACGCCCACGCUGCACAAACAACACGCACAGAGAAAGAGAGGGGCCCAUUUUCGCCAGUCGGUCGGCACACGCAGGUCUCACUCACCUGGCGAUCCGCUCAACAAAACCACAAGCAGCACAUUUGCCACGAGCUGGAGCACGUGUGGCCUCCCCCUGGCGCGGGAGGUCCCGUAGAGCCUCAUCCCUCCACCUCCAGCCGUCCACACGAUCAGACGAGCCCUGCUUGACCGACUUGAGACCUCUCACGUGGGGCAGUCCGUCAGGACCGACAGCAGUCGUCGCCACAAGAGGUCACGUCGGCCCACGAUGGAUGGAAUCGGUGCUUUGUUGAGCCCGCGUUCCACGGCAGUUUCGCU